AGGAGGCAGGAGGGAGGCAGGAGGCAGGCGGCAGGCGGGCUGGGGGGGCGCCGGCAAGCGGGGACGGGGGGGGCCGAGCGAGGCAGCGCGCCCGGCGAAGGGGCCGGGGACGCGGCGGCGGCGGCGGCGGCUGUAAGAUGGCGGCCAAGUCGGAUGGCGGCGGCGGGGGCUUCGCCCAGCUGCACAACCUGGACGAGGCGUCCGCGGCGGGCGUCGGGGCGGCGCCGUGCGAAGGAGCGGAGGAGCCGGGCGGCAGCAGCUCCCUGCACAUCUGCCACUGCUGCAACACGUCGUCGUGCUACUGGGGCUGCCGGAGCGCCUGCCUGCGGAACCUCUUCGGCAGGGCGGCCGCCGCCGCCGCCACCGCCGAGCCGCUGGCCCCGCGCCCCGCCGACGAGGGGCCGCCGCGGGCUGCUGCGGAGGUCGGCGGGGCGGGCGAGCGGCCGUGGCUGGACUGCCUGUGGAUCGUGCUGGCGCUGCUGGUGCUGCUGGGGGACGUGGGCACGGACCUGUGGCUGGCGCUGCACCACUACGGCCGGCGGGACUACGUCUGGUGCGGCCUGACGCUGGCCUUCGUGCUGCUGCCCUCGGUGCUGGUGCAGAUCCUCAGCUUUCGCUGGUUCGUGCAGGACUACACGGGCGGAGGGCUGGGGGCCGUGCAGGGGCUCAGCAGCCGCGGGCCGCCCAUGAUGGGGGCCGUCGGCCGCCGGGGGGGACCCGCCGGCGGGGUAGGAGGAGCCGGCGGCACCGCCACCCCCGGGGCGCAGCGCCUCUGCAGGAUCUCCGUGUGGGUCUGGCAGUCCGUCAUCCACCUGCUGCAGAUGGGACAGGUCUGGAGGUAUAUCCGAACUAUGUACCUGGGGAUCCAGAGCCAGAGGCGGAAGGAACACCAGCGGCGUUUCUACUGGGCUAUGAUGUACGAAUAUGCAGACGUAAAUAUGUUGCGCCUCCUGGAAACUUUCCUCGAGAGCGCCCCUCAACUGGUGCUACAGCUCUGCAUAAUGAUCCAAAAGAACCGUGCAGAAACAUUACCAUGUGUGUCCUCUGUGGCCUCCCUGAUGUCCCUGGCUUGGGUGCUAGCCUCCUAUCACAAGCUUCUUCGGGACUCUAGGGACGACAAGAAGAGUAUGAGCUACAGAGGGGCCCUCAUCCAUCUCUUCUGGCGCCUCUUCACCAUCUCAUCCCGAGUUAUUUCUUUUGCUCUCUUUGCUUCCAUCUUCCAGCUCUACUUUGGGAUCUUUGUAGUGGUCCAUUGGUGUGCCAUGGCUUUCUGGAUCAUCCAUGGUGGGACAGAUUUCUGCAUGUCUAAGUGGGAGGAGAUCCUCUUCAACAUGGUGGUAGGGAUUGUGUACAUUUUCUGCUGGUUUAAUGUCAAGGAAGGGCGGACUCGAUACAGAAUGUUUGCGUAUUACACGGUAGUCCUGACGGAGAACGCUGCCUUGACGCUCCUUUGGUAUUUUUACAGAGAUCCUGACACUACUGACUCAUAUGCCGUGCCAGCACUGUGUUGUGUCUUUCUUAGCUUUGCUGCUGGGAUAGCUUUGAUGCUGUUAUAUUAUGGUGUGCUGCAUCCCAUGGGGCCAAGAGCUAAGAUCUUUGCCAGCUCCUGUUGCGCCGAGCUGCUCUGGGGCAUUCCUCUGCCCCCUGAUGUUGAGCCCAUGGCACCCCAAACCCCUGGGUACCGGGGGGCCCAGGCUACGCCCACCAGAGCGGUCACGGAGCAACAGGAGGAACUCACAGCUGACACUUGCUUGCCCGUUUUCCAGGUGAGAGCAAUGGUACCAUCUACUCCAUCUGGGCGACCCUACCCCCCCGAGGGGCCUCUCAUUAAGAUUGACAUCCCGAGAAAGAGAUAUCCUGCAUGGGAUGCUCAUUUUGUAGACAGGAGGUUAAGAAGAACUAUCAACAUCCUCCAGUAUGUCACCCCCACAGCUGUAGGUAUUAGGUAUAGAGAUGGACCUCUCUUAUAUGAGUUGCUACAAUAUGAAUCUUCACUUUAAAGCUCCUUAAAGCAAAAGUAAAAGAGGGGACCUUAUUUUUGUUUACGGUAAACACAGAUCAUGAAACAAACACAAACCUUCAGAUAAGCUUUCUUUCUGGUUGCUGUAUGUAUAAAAAAAAAAGAUAUUCUCUAUGUUUUGUAAGUAAAAACAAAAAGAAAAACUUUUCUUUUGUUUUUUACACACAAGAAACAGUAUUUCAACUUCCACACCUAGGAUUCACAGGUGGAGAAGGAGGCAUCUCCACAUCAGUUUUAUACCGUACACCAAGUGUAGAACAUUAUUUAUGGGAUUGGUGCUGAUUGAAAAAUAAAAAAACAAACAAACAAACCUACAACUGCCUUAUGCCCUUAGGUGCUGAGUUUCAUUAAGUACUGUCACCUUUCUCAUGCAAAACUCUUUGAUGAUUAUAUGCCAGGAAAAAGAAAAAAACACACAACUGAAAUACAAACCUUAAAAUUAAAAUAAUAAUAAUAACAACAAUAAAAAAAGAGAGAAAAGUAUGAAAAAAUAUCACAUUGAUCUUAUUGGAUUUACCGUUAAAAAAACAAAUGUCUAAAGAUAAGAAAGCAAAGCUACCCCCAGUGGAGUUUGAUUUUUCAAAAGGCUGAAAGACAAUAUCAGGUCUGUAACUCUGGCAGUGCAUUUAUAACACCAUUUGGCCAAGCCUGCGCACCUUGACCAAGUCACGUUAUAAAUGUGGUCCCGCUGUGUAACCCUUUUCCCCGUGUAAACGGGCCACGCGUAAUGGUCGGUUUGCACCGGAUUAAUAUGGCAAUGCAGGAUCUGAUCUUGUUUUGAACAAUUGCACACGCAAAAGCACCACUGGCUUCAGUGGAGUAAAUAACAACCUCCUGAGCCCAGAAUGAGGCCUGCCACGUUGAUUUCUGGAAAACAAGAAAUCUGCAAAAGUUGAAAAAUUACAUACCAAAAAUGCUAUACUAAAAUACAUUUACACAUAUCUAAUAACUAUUUCAGUAAUAAUAAAACUCAGCAUAGUAGCAAAAAGCGAGUCAAUUUAAAGGCACAAUACUUGAUCAGUGACUGGCAAAAUAAUUUGACCUACUGUAUCAUUUUAAGGCUGUGAAAGGCAUACAUGUAUUAUUUGUAAUCUCGUGUAAGACCUGUCACGUCUCAUUCAGUGCGAGCCUUAAAGUGAUUGUAAAGCAUCCUUCGUUUCAUUUUUGGGUUUUUGGGUUUUGAUUUUUUUGUUUUGUUUUGUUUUUUAAGGAAAACAAAAUCUGAAAAUCGGGAUUAAAAAAAAAAACAACAAACACAACACAAACGAACAACAACAUAAAAAAAAAAAACAACAACAAACUUCUUCAAACGGUAAUAACCUGUAAACUGACUCAACGUCUUGAGAUGAUUUGGUGCUUUGUAUUUUUGUUGAUGUUGUUGUUGUGAUUUAGCUGAGAAUUCUUCAACUCGGUACAUGUGGGGAACUGCUGAUAAACUGUCUCGUGUCACCCUCGACUGUAAGUACAUGGCAAGAAAGAACACCACAGGAAAUUCAAGAGCAUAGCGAGAGCAUCGUGAUUUAGCUUAGCCUUCUCACCGCAAGGAGAUUCUGCCGCCUCCGAUAAUGGCAAAGCGUAGACGGUCGCCUGCCAAGGGUCGCGUGGUUGUCUUGACAUUUCCAAAUAACCCGCUCGCUGUCUGAACAUUCGCAUCUCUCGACUUCUGUUUCUGUGCUGGAAUCUCAGUUUCGAGUUAAAUCACAGGGUUGUGUCUAUCUAACACCCUUUUCCUUUUCAAGAGUAUUGCUCCUUUAAAGGAAUUUUCCCAUUUCAGGGCAUCUUUUCAAUUCCACCUUCCCUCUGCUUUGGAGGGGAAAAACAACAACAACAAAAAUGAUAUUUUUAAGUGAAUACUGUAGUAUUUUCUGUGUGUAAUUGCAAUUUUUUAUUCCAGAAAUACUGUAACUGUCUAGGGUGCAAAACUCCCAUGCUGACCUAUUCUGAAAAGGUCAGCAUGGGGGGGAUAUUUUUUAAUUAUGAUUAUGAUUUUUUUUUUAAUUUGAUGAAUCAGUUGUUUUUAAUUAUAAUAGCAUUUGAAGAAACUAGUACAAAUUUUAUAUAACAGUUUAACGAAGCUGAAUGCUUUCUUCGCCUGAAUAUACCUGAAGAGAAACAUUUUUUUUCAAUCAGUGAUCCUUUGCAGUGUUCUCAGAAAAACGUAGGUUGUUUGUUUUUUUUUUUCAGUUGUGUCAUUUUGUUACGUAAAGAAAACUUUUAACUUGUGUCUGUCCCUUUUAAGGAGGGCAGGACUCAUUCACGCCAAACUAUAGACACACGGCAAAGUUUAUAAGAAGCCAAAUUGUCACUGGUACUGUAAUUCCCAGACAACCUCCAUUUCAGGCAAACGUUUCUGGGCUCUGAUUACAACCAACACGACGGUCACAUUUUCAGGCAAAGGGAGGUAUUUCAUCUCAUCAUCCCCUACCUAAAUUCCCAAUUCCAUGUUUAUUGUGCACACAUAUAUCCGUAUAGGCACCUAUGCAUAUUUGUGAAUAGCUUUCAUUGCCUUUCUCUGUUGUCCGUGUCCCUUAACCAGUCCCCUCUCAAGUGUCCUACUAACAUGUCGCCCUGUUCCUUCCCUAAUCAGUAUGCUGUCUCCAUCAAAAGAGGUAAUUUGUGAAGUGAACUUGCCAUCCUCAGCUGCUGAGCAAUUUUGCACCACUGUCAUACAAAGACAAGGGUGCCCAUCCUCUGGCAACCAGCCUGCAUUUCUCCUCCCAAGACUUCACUUGGUUCUUUUUCUGCGAGGAUUUACCCUUCAUGCUGGUGUACAUUUACUCUGAUCUGCUCCCCUGAGCCUCGCACCUUGCGUAAAGACUCUCUUUAGUCCUUCCAUGAAGAGAUCUCAUCUACACAACCAACUUUUCAUUGGCAAAAGCAUGAGAAAGGAAUGGAUGGGCCAACCACUGCACUGUGCAUCAGGGAUGUUUCCUCCUGGAGGUGGCACCCUCAUUUCCAAAGGCACCAGGAGAAGGUCCCCCUCCAUGAGUGCAUCGACCAAGAAGUCUGGUUUGGAGAUGUGAGCCUCCUGAACACCCAGACCUGCCUCUUUGCACCAGGACAGUGAAAUGAGUCAACGAGCCAAGGCAACUCUUACUGGGAGUCGAGGAGGAGACCCUUCAGUGCUGCCUGACCUUUUCGUGAGCAUCUGCAGCCUGCCUUCCCUCAGGAACGGGACCCUCGCUCCACACCACCACACCGACAGCCGUCCUCUCCAUCCCACCACAGGAGCGGAGGGGCAAAACACUCUAGAAGUGACCUUACCUCUCAACACAGUGCUAAUUUCUCACAGCCAAACCAGCUUGACUAAGGGCUUGACACAUCUCUGCUCCGAAGUCCUCCUUCUUCCUGGCUCGUAGUACAGAUGACAACGAAGGCAGGUACCUCUUCUGUGUUAAGACUGUUUCAUUAUCUAUGUCACAUAAACUUUCUGCCUCUGCUACUCAUCCUUGCUUUCAGUGAUACCCACUGGCAUCUUGAUUUCCAGUGAGGGUCUGUCCCAAACCUGAAGAACUAUUUCCCUCUGAAAGACUUCAAUACAGCCUUAACAUAAAGCUCUGCCACCACGCCCAACGAGUCCUUGGUGUUCGGUUUGGAGUGGUGACCAUUUCCUCUAGAGAUUAUCUGCCAAAAAGCGCCUUUUACCAAGCCAAAAGCAUGGGGAGCAAAAUUGCCCCCAGCUCCUUAUUCGUAGCAAUCCCAAUGCUGAGUCUUGUCCUUGCCUUUUUUUUUUUAUUUUAUUUUUAAUUUUUAUUUUGCCCGGGGUCCCUUUGUUUUUUGCUGUGCGCUCUGGCAGGGUGGUCAGUCACUUGCUUUGCUUGCAUGGGGUUUUUAAGUCCCCAGCUUUUCCGUGGUAGGUUUGUUAUGCCACGUCCCACCUUCUUACAGAAGAUACUGCAUGAGGGAUUUUUUUGAACUGUCAUGGAGAAGGUUGAGGCCAUAAUUAUUCACGUCACAAGCUCAGCGGGCGACUUCUCUGGGAUGUUUGUGCUGCCGAAUUCACCCUGGGAACAUCUAAAUCAGCCACCCACGCCAUGCCAGCGCAAACCAGGGCACAAGGGCUCCACCACCCCCGCUGUUCAAGUGCUCAAACCCUCCCUGGCAUGGCUUUGACCCACUCCAGCAAGCCCUGGGCUUGGGCACAGCUUGCACAGGCAUUGAAACUUGCCAAAGACCAACCCCAGCUGGCAGCUUGAAUGCGGCCGUUCUGUAUUGGGGUGAAGUUUAGUAGUACAGACGUGGCCAGCACAGUCGGUUUCGUGACCAGAAUGGAUCCUGGCAGUGCUUAUUUUGCUAAUAAAGAUUUAUGUGUAUGCAACAGACCGGGAUUCAGGAUUUGGUGGAGUACAUCAGCUCUGGCCUGGCAUACUUCUAUUUUCUGCCCAGUUCAAUGGACAAAGUAUUUUUAGUUCGCUGUGUUCUUUUUGCUGAGCUUUUUUUCUUUUUCUUCUUUUUUUUUUUUUUUUUUUUUUUUUUGCAAACAGCAUCACUUAUAUUGUGCUGAUGUCAACCCAUUCUUCCCCCCUGCCAUCCAUGUCAGAUGGCUGGCAUGCUUAGUUUGGUAGUGUUAUACAUCUGCAGGCAGUUAACGUGGAGGCAUGAAUGGUUCAGACCAGACCAAGUCAACAACGGAAAUACAAGAAUUACAAGGUCCCUGACCAUGCCCUUGUCAUGCUUUGCCACCCACACGAGAUGUUUUUCAUCCAAAGCACAUCCAACCUGGACGGGAGAAGAGGAGCCAAUGCGGUGCAAUUGCCAGUGGAAAGUGCAAGUAAGCCACCGAUUUCAAGAGUAAAUAUAUAUUUUGCAGUGUUUUGGAUGGGAGCUAAUUGUCCGCUUCAUCCUGUCCUUUUCUGCACCUGCCAAAAAUCAGUAGCCAUUUGCAUGUAUUUGUAUUUAAAGCUGACUGGAUGAAAUGGGACAAAAUUAAUUUCAAGCUUUAGUCAGUGGGCUGCUAAAAUCUGGCUGAUGGUGCUCAGGAGGGGAGUGUUGCUAUUGACUUUGAGAGAGUGAUCGUCCCUUGCCCUUCAGCUGUAUUUUCAUACACACAAGGUUCACUUCACAAUUUAUCCCUGCCCCUCACCCCUGCACAGAAAUGCAUGAAGCAUCUGUCGCCCAUAUACCUGCAGCAUGGGUAAACCUCCUGAAGAAAAUGUGGCCUGAGGUUCCUCCAGCAUGAUUUCAUAGAAGCUCAGAGGUGCUUUGAAAAGGAAAACUUUCUACUGUGCAUUUGCAAAACCUUUUAGUGCCUGCUUGCUGGGCAGCUUGGGCAAGAGACAAUUUGGAAGCUGCCAGAGUCAGUAAAAAAUUGUAGAGACAGGCUUUUCUAGGAUCUUUUCUUCUGUUACUGGGUUAGCUUUUCUCUGGAUUCUGUUCAGAUCAAAUGUGGUCAUGCAAAAACAACAACAAAAAAAGCAACAACAACAACAAAACCCGCGCAAAAGAAGGCCCAUGCCAAUCCCCAUAGAAGCCAAGGCAGAGGAUAUUUGCUGGUAGGGAUGAUGUGAACUCAGUUGUGCACCCUUUGCUUGUGGAAGCUUGCAUGUUGUUGUUACUUUAGCAGUUGUCUAAAGCUCUGGGGCUUUGGGGAUGGUAGUUUCCCAGGGUUGUGAUUGCUGUUUUUAUUUUUCCGUGGAGCUCAGGUGUAUUCUGGUGCAGAGAAUCUCAGCCUGGUUUGAAUGAGAAGAUGUGAGGCUAUCCCAAAUAGACGUGGGCAAACCUUUCACUGUGUGCAGAACACAUUUCCAGACCUUUGGGUACCACUAGAGAUUGUCGCAAUCCGCUUCUUUCUCCAUGAGCUCGUUCAGAAUCACUUCAUUGUUCUGUUUUGUUUGAACCUGGAAAUAACGGUGUGGGGACUUUUUUUCUGCUGUGGUGUGGUGUGAAGAAAGGGAGAACCCUUCCUGCUGAGCUAGAUAUUGCCUGUGUUCAAGCCUCAUUCCUUACCUGAAGCUCAGGCUGUAGGAUAAAAUGAGAUGGCAGAUAGCUGCAUGUGUUCCAUGGGCUCUUCACCAACGAGGAGGGAAGCAACUGGUGACAAUUAAAAUAUCUGCAUAAGCAAUCUGGGCUUUAAUAUAAAUUUAAACAUACAUGCAACCCAAUUGGAAAGAGUAAAAAUGAAUGAUGAUGAUAAAGUAAUGUGGACUGUUGUUUCCUGCUGUACAUUUUAAAACAAAACCAACCAAAAAACCACCGCAACUAAAAGGCAUUUCAGGCAGACAAAACUGAUUUGAGAGCGUAAACUUUCCCCCUCUUUGGGACACAUACAGCAAGGUAACUGUUUGAAAACCAGGCACUGUUACACGCGGGGUUUAUUUGGAUUUGUGCACGGCUGGGUUUGUCAGAUGGUCUUUUACAGCGAGCGUAGCAAGAGGCCACGAUCGAAAGCUCAUUGCAGAUUUCUGGGUGACGGGACUCCUGGGUUUCAGCCCCAGCUCUGCCACGACGUUGCUGUGUAACCUUGGGCAAGUGAUUUAACCUUUCUGUGCCUACAGUUUACCCAUCUGUACAUGGGUAUAAUAAUAUUUACCUACCUCACAGGGGUGUUGUGAGGCUUAAGCAAAUGCGUGCGAGAGGUGCUGGAACUGCGCCGUGAUGUUUUCAUUCUUGCUGGGUUUGUGCUGUUAUCAGGAAUGAGCAGUAGAGGGGUUGGUUACAACACGUGGAGGGAAAUCUCGCUGGUCUGUGCAUGUGUCGAGAAAGUGAUCUCAAGUCUUUUCUUUCCCCAAAAGCAAGGAAUGGAGAAAACUUCUGUGCGCCAACUGAAUAGCCUUGCUUUCCCAGUCAGAUGUAAUAGCACUGUUUGCAAUAUGAUUUUUCUAACCCAGCAGGUGACCUUUCCCUUCUCCUUUCUGUUUCUGGAAACUUGAAACUAAAGAUCACAGAAGUAUUUCUGAACCGAACAGAUUACUGAUGAAUACUUGAAUUUCUUUAAAAGUUGCUCUCAUCAGCCACGGUUAAAGUGCACUAAUCUUUCAGUCAUCAGCUUCCAUCUGAAUACAGUGAAAAAUUUGCUCACGCUGUUUUGGAAUAGCCUGGACCUUGCUUGGGAGGCUGGUAUACUAAGGACUCUUGUAGGCAUGGGAAAACUAGAGUCGCAACUGAUAAACACGUGAAAAAACUUUUGUUCUUUUUGGUUUUGCCUUUAAGUUUCCUGACUGCCCAGGACAGCACAAUAAUCGCAGUUUACUUGGUCAUAUAGUAGCUUUUUUGUUUCCUUACGUGAAGGGUGAAAGUGGGUUGUGAAAGGAUAAUCUAGAGUCAACGGUGCUCACACGCAACUCUUCCCCAAGCACCUGCUUCCCUGGAGAAAACCUGGGCCGCGUCCAGGCCCAGGCCUGCCUUCACCGUCCUUCCUCAGGCAAAACCCCUUUGCCACCAUCAGGAGUUUUGGCUGAUGAUGUGCCCAUCGAGGUGGAUUCACCCCUGGUUUAACCCCCAAACGCUUGGGUGAAACCCAGGGUAAUUCUCGCUAGAGUGAGGGAAGGGGUCUGGGUCAUUGCUUCAGGUAUCGCCACUGGUCAGGUAAUUCAGAAGGGAAAAAAGCAUGUGACAGAAAGCCUUCUAUUUAUUUAUUUAUUUAUCUUUUUUAAUUAUUACUAUUUUUUCUUGUCUAAGUGUCCUGACCAUCAUAUAAUGUCUUUUUUUUGGAAAUGCAGCGUGAGGCAAGACUUCCUGCUCCCUUUUCGCGAGGCUUUUUGAAGCCUGCUCGCGCAGUCCUUAUGCAGGCAAAACCCGCGGGUUUUGUUGUUGGGCCUCGCUUUCUCUGCUGAGUAAGGACCGUGAAAUCAGGCCCGUUCCAGAUAACCGGGCAGCCUUUCAGGGGGCCGUCUUCUUCGCUUAACCCAAGACCUGCCUUGCACGAAGCCAGAACAAAGCUAGGAAACCCUCCUCCACCUCCACCUCCGUCUCAGUCUGCCGCCUCUCUUCCUUGUCCCUCUCCUGUACCACCACGGGGAGGUCGGUCAAAGUCUUCUGGCUCCAUGGGCCGGGCUCUUCCACACGGCUAGCCAUGCAGCCACAUAUCCUCCCUCCGGGGCAGGGCACGUUCGGAAGCCCUCUUCUCAUAGAUGGGCCUCUUUUCAUGUGCAGCAGCUUGGGUUCUGCUCCUUCCCCGUUCAUCUCCCCAGCCAUUUCUUUUCCCUGUUUUAAGCACUUCAGCUCAGUGCUUCUGGGUUCUUUUUACUGCUUCUGUUCCAAAAAAAAAAAAAAAAAAAAGAAAAAAAAUAAUAAAAAAAAGAUUGAAGCUGGAAAAAAAUCACAGCAAUGUAACUCCUUCGGUGCUAUGCUAACUGCUUUGUUCUACCCAACCAAAUGCUGGCCAACAUACAGAUCGUCCCUCUUUGUCCUAAGAAGCACCACACAUCCGUGUCUUGAACAGGGAUGGACAGAGAGGGGUGAGAGAGGGCAAGAGCGGUUCGGAAAGAGAUGAAAGUCUUAUGUGUAUCUAGUAGAAAAAAAAAAAAAAAAAAGAAAAAAAAAAAAGAUGUAAAUGAAGACUGCUUUCAAAGCUAAUUGUCGCCCACCUUGUGGAAGUAAAUAGGAUAAAUAGGAUACAGCCUUUAAGGUAUUGAGGGCAUUAUAUAUAUAUAUAUGUAUGUAUAUAUAUAAGAAAAGAAAAAAAAACACCUUAUCAAUAAAUUGCCCUUUAAUUUUCCUGGAAAUGCACUGUUCGACAGUAAACCCACCUGGCCGUCUUUGCAGCCAGCUGUUUUACUUCGAGCUGCUCCAGCAGCAAUGGCUAUUCCAACUGCAAAGGUCAAAAGGCAGGAGGGGAGAGAGAGCUCCUCCUGCCGUGUGUUGGGUCUGAGCUGGAGUGGGUGGCUAUGAAUUUUCGGGAUUAAAGGGACUAGUCGGCGUGUAUGGCUCUGUCUGUAUACACGGUCCUGUGGAAAUACAGACAGGAGUGCAUGCCAUGUUACUGCAGCAGUAUAUAUGUUUUAAUAUAUAUGAAUACAUUGCGAAUCCCAAAGGGCUUUUCAAGAUGAGGAAGGUAGUUUCUGGUGCGAGCUGCUAGCAGUUUGGGGAUUGCAGGCAGGGUUGUAAUAAAUGCUCCUAGUACGGUUUCUUAAACGUGAAAACAGGGCCAAAAUCCAUCAGAAGCUUAAGGGCCUGCCGGGGAAAUGCUGUACCACCUGAUCUUCCUCUUUUUAAGGAUUUUGGAAGCCAAAAUCAGACCAAAACUUAUGGCCAAGUGCAGUGUCAGUAAAAUCAGAAAAGCUCCACUGAUGUCUUUGCACUCCUCAUCCCCAAAACAUUCACUUCUGCUGGUGCCAGGGGAGCCCAGACUGGGCAUUACUGGCCCUACUGGGCUUUCCUUAACCCACGAUAACAGACUUUCAGUUUGAGCUUGUGUUUUUUGUUGAAGACCAAACAGGUCUUGGACAAAACCAGGAGUUUCUUUCCAAGUAGAGCCAUCUGAAUUUGGGAACCUCCUGACCUACAUGGGGGUUCCCGUAGUGUCUGGCCCUAGCUGGCUUCCCCUGCCACCAGUACCACCGUGGCAGUGGGAACAGGCAGCAAACCGGGUCCUCCUUCGUGAGGACCUGACCCCCGAAUCUGAUUUCAAGCCCUUAGGAUUCAAAUGCCAGCUGCCACCCAAAGGGAAUGAUGAUUGUUUUCUCUCCAGAUGUCAUUCUCAUCCACCAGUCACAAGCACAAGGAGCUCAUAUUAUCCCAUAUUUGCCAAUAAAGCCCACUGCCAGAGCCCCCCUCCCUCAAACCCAGCUGAACACCACCUGCACGCCACCCCCGUCUUCCCUCUCCUUUUUUUCCACCUUAAAAGCAAACACUGUUAUUUCCCAAGUAACGAAGAUCCAGGACAAAUGCCAGAUGAUUACACCUGCAAUCUGUUCGCUUUAGGAUUUUAUUUCAGUUUCAGAGGGCAUAUGAGUACACACAGAGAUGCACGCUCGCAGAAAUUUCACUAGCCUGAAGCUGAAGCCGCUUGACUUCAGUGGACUUGCUCUGAGCUGACACUGCUGGAGGAGAAACCAUGCACCAAGUGUCCCCCAGGGUCACCCCCAAAUUCCUGGAGUUUCACACUGUUCCCAUAUAAUCUGGUGUUUAUUUAUUUAUUUUCAACAAAUACUGAAAACUGGGUGUCAGUCAGCAAAUUUAUGAUGGAUAAGUAGUAGGAGAAGUGUACUGGUUCUCACUUAUCCGUAGAACUCUUAGUGCUACUCCACUAACUAAAGAAGCCUUAAAUUGGGUGUAAUUGCAGCCAUUUGGAGGAGAGCUGCAGUGCAUGUUUUCUAAAAAGUGUCCAAGUAGGUAUCACAGCCAAAUCCCAUGGCCCCAUCUUCUCUACUUAGGCAGAGUGAGAGGGAAGAGAUUUUACAUCAAACAUGAAAGUUUUCCAUUAGCUACAAAACGUGCCCUCUAUCAGAAAAAAAAUAUCAGUGAAUUUGAUGAAGGGUUCAGCUCUCCCAGCUGUUUUACCAUUCCAGCCUUUUGUUCCGAUGGGAAUGGGAAAUAGCUUCAGAAGUGUUGAAAUCACUCAGGGAAGGGCUUCCUGGUGACUUCCAUUUGCGUCAUCGGGCCAGGUUCAGACCAUUCCACCAACAGCAAUGUCGUUCCCUGGUAUGAAACCAGAACGAGAUAAGAGCAGGGGUGAGGCCUAUGGGUGAUAUCCCGUGUAUUGCUUAACGCUGAUAUACUUGGAGAAGGCCUUUCACCAUGGCCCAGCCCCAGGAGCAGUUCCCCUGAUAAAAGGAGUUCCAUGGAAAGCCUAGAUAUUUUGGAGGAUUUUAAGAUUUCUUGAUUUCAGAGAAAUACCAUCACGGUGGUGUGUAUAUUUUUGGAUGGACUGUAGUAUACAAAAGGUAAAAUAAUGGGUGCCUGAAGAUCGAUGUUCUCUUUCCAUCUCUGCUAUGGGCUGUUGGGUAGGAAAACCAAGGAGAUUUCAGGGAUGCCUCGGCUGAAUUCCCUAGUACCAUUGGCUUGUGCUCCAUGGAGUGUGAUACGAGAAUGGUCGGGCUGUUGGCUGGAUCCCAUCACCAUCCCCACCUCCAGCCCUGGAUCUCUGCCAUACUUGCCCCAUGCAUUGCAACAAAGCACUAAAGAUCCUGCCCUACAAAAGUGUUGGGAAGACAGGCUGGUUAAACGCUUCUGGAAAGCUCUUGAGCACCUUCUGAUUGAAAGGAAUUCUCUAAGUUCAUGGCAUCUUCUAAACUUAGCUUUCAUCCUAGGAGCACUUUUGAUGAGUGAAUUUUGAUAGUACUGGAAAAUUGGCACAGCCAUAGAGAAUAGCACAAUUUAAAUACUUAUAUUUCAGAAGUGCCACUUUUCCCAUAAACAUUGAGAUUUGACUAAUCAUUGCCGGAACUCUUUGUUAGCAUUCAAAACCUGGAAAACAUUCUUGCGCGUGAUUCCUCAGAUAAACCUUAUUCGAAGAGCACAAAUUCCCAAAUCACCCCCAAAAGAGAAGCUGUUAAAGCAGGACACCUGGGUUCUUCUAAUACUUCAGCAAUGUAAUAAACUGUCAGCACUGAAUAUUGCCCAUCCGCCUCGCAGUAAGCACACUGGGACCACAGCCAGGAUUAAUACACCUGAAGUGGGGGUACUAAGAUCCGAAGUGUUGUAGGACUGCAGUGUUCAUGCUGGGCAGAGGAGGUCAAAGCAAUGCAGCAAGUCCCCUUGUCCCUGGCUCCACACAGCCUGGCAGAGACAGAGAGGGAGGCUGAUCGUAUUUGGGCUGUUACAAGGAGCACAAGAUGCCACGCUAAGCUUUUCUCCAUCAUCUUAAAUGCUUUGCUCUCCCUUAGGAAAGCAGCCGUGGAAGUCAACUGAGAGGCCAGGGAUUUACUACAGUCCUGUUUGGGCAUGGAACUGGAGAAAGCAGAGAUGGAAAUAGCACGCGGGUCAUCAGGCACAUCCUCAGGAGCCACAUCCCUGCAUCUCAUUGCUCCCCUAAAUCCUGUCCAGUUGGAAAUGAUCCAAAGAAGGGCCUUGCUCACCCCAGACCCUCUUGAUAAGGUACAUUAAACAGAAAUAGUGGUCUAAGCUUUCCUAGUAAGGUUUUUUUUCUUUGUUUUGUUGUUCUUUGGUUUGAUUCUUAUUUUGCAAACGAAGCUUGAACCUCAGUCAUGCCCAUGCCUUGAAUUUUGCCUUAUUAACUAAACUCAGCCCAUUCUGGACCCAGGUCAUUCAUCCGAAGCUGUCCUUACAGUGCCGUUUGACCCAGCUGCGGCUUGCAGAUGAGGAAGCCCAUCCACAGACAGCCUCUUUCCCCCCCGUGGUGGCAUUUCAGCACUGCUCCCAGUUCCCAGCAAGCUGCACACGUGGCAUUUGGAAGAUAGAAGGAGCUCCCUGCUCCCAGCUAACCACGAGAAGCAGCCGAGGGCAGCCCUGACCCUCGUCUUGCAUUCCCCUGGAGCCUGAUGGCCUAGAUCUAGGCAAUGCCAUGGGGAGCGGGGUCAGGAUGCUGCCUGAAAAGCUGCUUAGAUGGUGGCUUAGUUGGGCUGGGCUGACAGUUGUCAACAGGGUGCAAAACUGGUGCUAUUAACUUGGCAGAGUGCCUGCCAGUCUCUUUUUCUUUCUUGAUCACCCAGCAAUUACUUUACGCGUGGGUUUAUAGGCACUCUGUAGUGACUUCUCUUUUCCCAGGAGGGCUCUCGGUAGGCAGUCUGUCUUGUUCCCCAGCUCUUCCUCUAAUUCCUACAUCUCGGAGGGCAAGGUGGGCACAUGCGUGGGCUUUGGUGCGAAUUCACGAGCAAAAGAAACAGAGCGAGGGCCAGCCAGAAAGCUCACUGCAGGAUUCGCUGAGUGAGGAGGGGAUGAGAAGCAUGGGAUAAGACUCGAGAAAAUGAGACAUACAGAUUUUGAUCUCCGUCUCAAUCCAACGGGACUUCGGUACAUCCGCUGAGACUGCUGCCUGUGGCCGGGACAGUUUUGUCUCCGGGCUCCCGGGGAGUGACAGAUUGAGAUAUUCAGGGCAGGGCUCUGCGGAGGGAUGAGAUCAGACUCGCUGAGUGCCUUCGACUUCCUCUUGUUCUAGUGGAAGCUGAAGGCAUCCAGCGCAUCCCAGGAGGCAGCCCACGUCAGGCUGUGCCCUGUUCCUCGUACAUUAUGUUUUGAGCGUCACCGUACAUCAGUGUGAGCAUCCUGAACGUGGCAAGAUGUGGUCUUUUUAAUUUAGGAAAGCUGUUGAAAAGUGUCCAAAGUGCUAGAUAAGAGCUCGCAAAAUCAACAUGCUCGUUAAAAAGACCAAAUUCUGGCCUCCAUUUCACCAAGGCACCGGGCGCCCUGUACGAACCCCACUAUUUUUUAAGGGAUCGCCCUCUUGUUUUCUGCCAUCGGCAAGACCAGAAUUUGGCCUGGCCCCACCUGCCCUCAUUAACUCCAAAAGCCCUUUAUUUGUCGACAACGGUGAUGUUAGGGCAGUGACAUUUCAAUUCCCCAAACCUCGUGGUGCCUUUUCUUGUGGUGCUUACCCUUCACAGAGCUUCAGUCAAGGCAACCACUUGCAUCGAACAGCAAUGCCAGUACUUCUCCUCCGUAUCACGUGCCAGUGCAGUAACAGAAUUUAAUGUAUACAUAUAUAAAUAUAGAUAGAUAGAUAGAUAUAUUGCUAUUGUUAUAAUUAUAUAUAUAUAUUGAGGUUCUGAUGACGCUGUAUGGGGAAUGGACCAUUCCUCUGCAGGAUUACACACAGCUCGAGUGAAACCAACAGCUCAAUGUCCUGUCAAGGGUUGCGACCUGGGCAAGGAGCUUCUCUCGCGCGCGUUCCUUCUCCAGCUCCUUUCUCGCCUCCUGCCCAUCUCCUCCCUGCUGCCAGGAUCCGUUCUGCACCUCAGCAAUUUCUCGCAAUUGCCGGGGCAGAUGCCCCAUGGUGACAUCAUCCUCCCGCUGCAGGACAGGGAGAUGUCCCCUUGCUGCAAGAGGAGGACGGUGUGGCUGAUGGGGCAGCAUCCUGGGGCUGUGGCUUUCCUUGUUCUGUUGCACCAAGGGGGUACAAACCCCCAGCUUGCAAGUGGUGUUUUCCCACUUUGGGAAAACCGGCCGCCCUGCCCGCUGGUGAGCAUCCCCCGUCUCCUCUUCCUGACCAAGAAACCCACUCGGUGCAUUAUUUUUUUCCAGUUUCCCACGCCGCUCCGGUGACGGGGAGGAGGGAGGCUGGCGAACGCCGUUUGCUUUGCUCAUGCCAGUAGUUCUGCCUGACUUUGGGGGGGACUUUUUUUGUCAAGGGACUGCUGGGUUGGGUCAAUCAUCAUCUUGUCGUUACCUAAUGUCUUGCUGAAACUUAAGGGCCCGUUUUGGAUGGAACAGAUGUUGAGUGAAGGUAUUUUCUACUAAAGGGAACAACACCAAUAAUACUGUAAAAGGUGCUAGAAUCAAACCUCAUUUUAUAUACUUUGGUUCUUAGAGAAAACAAAUACACAGAAUUCUUCCUGUGCAGCCUUACUGUAGAUUGUUAUAACCAACUCUAUCCAAAAAAAAAAAAAAAAAAAAAAGUGAAAAGGUUAAAAAAGGACAAAAAUGAAGUGAUCCUGUAUAAAGUGUAACAAAUAUGACUUUCCUAUAUAAAUGUAAAUGAUCAGACGUAUAUUAAAAUGCACUUGAGGCAGGCAGCAAGCAUGAAAAGCUUUUGAAAUGUCUUUUUUAAUGCGCAACACCUGUCUUUUUUUUUUGGUUGGUGCAAGAGGGAAUGUGCCAAGGCACUUUUAUUUCCUUUUAAUUCUGGUCAUGAUCUUGGGGGGGAAAGGAAAGAGGGAGGUGGGAGGUUUAGCUAACAAGCAAACCUGGAAUAUACAUCUCUUUUUUUUUUUUUUUUUUUUUUUUUUUUUUCAUGGGGGUGUUGCCUUAUGGCACUGGGGACUGUGUUUGGACUCGGUUCCUUUCUCAAAAGCUUUUGAAAGCUUUGUUGCCUGCCCCAGGUGCUGAGUAUAACUCUUACCUCAAGAACGCUUACAAAAAAAAAAAAAAGUCAAUUGUUUUUUCCCAUCUCUGGAAAAAUCAAGCAAAUGACAACAACAAAAAGAAAAAGAAUUGAUAAAGCAAACAACCAGCAGUGAAUGAAGUAACGAGAAUAAAAAAGAAAGAAGUCAAAGCAGAGGUUUGGUGAUCAAACCAAGCCAUUCUGGUGCUUUUCCCCUUUUUAUGUUGCUAAUGAUCAAAAUUACAUGAGAUGGGCUAGGACAAGUUUGUGGUCUUAGGAUGUAGCAAAAAAUGUAUUUAAAAAGAAUACACAUUUGCAUGGAAAAAAACUCUGAUGGAGCAUUUAAAGAAUGGCUGUUUCAGUGUCAGACGUUUAAUGUUAGCAUGUGUGUGUGCUGUAUAUACCUUUUCAUGUGUGACAUGUACAGUUGACUGAGGAAAAAAACACGUAUGGAAUCGAACAAAAAAUAAUAAUCAAAUGCUAUUUUAUCAGAUGAUGCACUUUUUCACCUUGAUGAGAAGCCACUGUUCACAACUAUGCAAUCUUCCAGUUUCUCUCUCUCUCUCUUCUCUCCAACCUCAAAUUUCCCAACUAUUUUCCAUAACCUAAACCGUUUUUUCUUUUGUACAAAGAAACACAAAAAGUUCCAAACUCUGGUUCAAGGUGAGAGUGCUACUGUGACUUUUCUCAAACGAUAAGAGCUAACAAACAGACAAACAAAAGGGGUUUGGUUUGGUUUGGUUUUUAAGAAAAAAGGAGGUUCGGACAUGACCCUCUUUAUGUUCUCUAAGUGAAUUGAUGUUUUCUACAUGUGCCAGGCUUCCGUUGACUGUUUUUGGGUUUGGUUUUGUUUCUUGAUUCAUGUUCUGUAUCUUGGGUUUUAGGAGUGAUUGUUUUAUUUCCUUAUGUAUUUCUUUUUUCUUUUUUUUUUUUUAAUUCUGGUUUCGUAUUGUAGGUAUUGGGGAUGUGAAGAUGAAGGUGAAAUUUGGCUUAACUUCAAGUGUUUUAGUACAUGUGUGUGCUAUAUGUAUAUAGUUUUCUACAUAGAAAAAUUUACGCGCUUUUUAACGCACUUUACGACAUGUAUGUACAAAGUUGUCUAUAUAGAAAAAGUAGUGAGUGUUACCUGACCUUCAAAGAAGAGAGUUUUGAUUAAGAGAAAUCCAGAUAUUUGAGUAUCUCCCGCGCGCGUGUGUGUGUAUUAUAUACUAUAUUAUAUAUUAUAGAAAUAUAUAAUAGCGUAUGUCCAUGUUAGGGUGUGUAUAAUAUAUACACGCAUCCAAACACAUGAUCAUGCCCAUCUACACCAUAAAAAGGAGGCUUUGACUUUAUUUAAGGUUUUAAGCUACAAUAAAUAGCCUGGCUCUACUGGGUAAUCUCCUUCCCUGUCCUUGGAUGAAAGGUAGAAAAUUGUCCUCCCUUGCUGUUCCCAAUGCACUGUCCCCUUCGUGUGGGAGAAUUGUGUGCAUAAACCCAGGGGGAUUCUGCCUUUAUAACCUUUCUUUCCCCACCCCAGUUUACCAGUGGGUGCCGAGGAAAGAGGAAACAGGUCAUCCAGUGAUGAGCUCAGGAAACCGAGAUCACAAGAUGUGGCUGCCAUGUCCCCUGCCCGCCACUGACUCACCGUGCCACUUAGAGCAACAUCACUCCCACUUCUCUGUGCCUGUCAGAUUGGAUUGCUGAUGCUUACCAAGCCUUUAAGCACUUUGCACUCAUGGUCCCUCUCUGCAAAUACUGCAGGGUUCCCCUCAACACCAGUGGGAGGUGAUUCGGGCCAGUUUACACUAAGGUCUUCACCAACUUACCCCCGUUGUCCAUCUCUCUUCUGCUCUUGAAGCUCACCACUGCCUCACUGGUCUAUGUUUUGUCCUUCAUCAUCUUACCAUUAUGCUUUAAAUGAGCACCAGAGUGCUUCUCCUUCCUUCCAGUCAAGGUUUCCCAACCCUUGAGAGCCAUGGCCAACAACGCCAAAAGACUUCAAAUCCCUUUGUCAGGCUCUCCUCAGCCUUGGGUACCUGCAGGCACUAAAACAAUUUUGAAAAGGGCAAGACCCCGAGGUGCUGCUGUUAUCCUGCUCUUGCUCCACGUCCUGCAUGCAGACCUCUUACUUCUUGGGGUAGGGCAGAUGAAACCCCAAUUCCAACUUCACUGCUCAUUGGGCAUCUGAUUUAGUGAAGCUCUUCCAAGUGACCAGAGGACAGCUGGGCUGGGUAUCAUACUCAUCUCCAGAUAUAGAAAGGGCCCUUCCUGGAGCCAGCAGAAGGACAAGGGAAUGGGUUUGUGGCCUCUCUUCCAUGUGUCAGUGAGAACACAAGUGUCCAUACCAGUCUGUAGCAGCAUGGACGUCUCUUUCAGGGUAAUGGCAGCAUGCUCAUGCUUGAGUCAUCCUUCGUGUCAUCCUUCCUAUUGAAGUUAAACCCACAUUUAUCCAAAAACAGCUGUAGUGGAAAAGCUGGGGACAGUCUUCCCAUCUUUCACAGCCUCAUGGCUGUGGCUCUGGGCAGUCAUUUGCUUGAUCCAGGUGGGUUUAGAAACCUGCUGUGGUGCUUCACGUAGCUCAGUUCUCUAGAAAGCAGCAUCCAUAUCUAAAAUAUUUAAACAUAAGACACCUCACCCAGCCUUACACACUGACUAUUCAGUGGUAUAAUGUGUAGUGCAGCUGUAUUGCCCCAAAUGUCUACUUAUCCACUCUUCCUGCACAAACGCAGGCUCUUCUAUCUACCUGCAGUGGCAAGUUUCAGGCUGUGGCAGGUGUUUGCAAGGUGCUGUAGCUGUCCUUUGGACCUGCCGUUAGGAUGCUGGGAUCUGUAGGUUGGGUGAAUGGUUAAUCCCUCACACAAAUCAGACAGUGCUUUUCCCCUUGAGUCACAAUAAGGAGAAUCACCUGGUUUCUUUCCCUGAAAAUGCAGCGCUGAGAAGUGCCCAUCUAAAAAUGAGGCCAAAUGAGGUCAUCCUCUGCUGCAGUUAGAGGUCUGUACUAAAGCCUUAAGGAAAAAAAAAAAAUGAAAACACUUUUCUAAUUGCUGGAUUUUGCAAAUGGAGGAACCUAGACGGCAAUUUUGGCUCAGUCCAUAACCGUGCAGUUAAAGUCCUUUAAAUUCCCACACUCCUGUUUCUUAAAGGGAGUAAGUUGCAAAGGCUUCUCCCUUCCAUGGCUCACCAAGAAAAUUUGUGUAAGGGAAAAAAUACAUGGAGGACACUUGGCAAUAUAUUCUCCCUCUCCAGGUUAUCCAGCACCUUCAAUGAAAUGCAGUGAACCCACUGGAGCUAAAAUUCAUUCAAAAUAGUUUUUUUGUGAAAUGAAAACAAACAAACAAACAAACAAACAAAAACUUUUAAGAGAGUGUUGGCAAACAGUGGGAGAGGUUUGCUUUGUGGACAAGUAUAAAGCCACUUGUAGCUUUUGGACCCUAAGAGGGAACAUAUUUUGUGACCCCCCUGAUUGGGGAUGUUUGAUCAAAGUACUUUGCCUGUUGACUUUAUGAGUGUGGGACAGAAAUCCUCUAGUUCAGUCUGAAAAGCUGGAUAUCCAGUGAAUUAUCAAGAUUUGAGCUACAACAAUGACUUGUUCAAUAGAUUUAUACAGCAAGCUGGUAGCUUCUUCACAUGGUAGCACAUGGUCUUCUUCAUCUCAUUAACAAUUCUUUCUGGUCAUUUUUCCCCAUUUUCUUUAAUUUAACCACCACAUUGAAAAUGACAUGAAAGAUCAGAUUGUGGCCAUUUAUGGAACAGCUGGGAAUCGUACUCCUUCCAGGGCACCACUUCCUACCUUUGCAGCAAGCUUAGCAGAUACGUCUGAGCAGCUGCAAAUAGGGUGCCUAGUCUGGAGCUUCAAACUUUGUUUUGUGCAUGUUUCACAAUGAGCAUGAGAUCUCCUUCCAUCGCUGGCAGCGUGUGGCUCCUGCAUCCUGAGAUACGAGAGUGCCAUGCCCUUUCUUUUCUUUAUUCCCACCUCAUAGGUGAAGCUGGUCCAAUGGCUUGAAUAAAAGCCUUCACCAACCAUCCCCUGCUCAACUGCCCUUGCUGGCAAUGUUUACCUGUACUCAACCUGGUUCCCCCUGCUGCAGUUAAGCCAACUGCUACUCAUCUUCUUGUCCUUACCACUAUGGACAUGCCACAUACACACCAUCCUGGAUUGAUAGGUUAAAUAUAAAAGCCAGUAUAAGCCCAAGGUUAUCUCUACUCCCUCCCCUGAGCUAUUGGGAUCCAAAUUACCUGAAGAGCCCCAGUGAUCCAGGUGCCUUAGCAAGUCUUGUAGGAGUGCAGACCAAGCAGCCAGAUCCCACCAGGUACCCACACCGGUCACACCACCGCCCGGUCACUUCAGUGGUACCGUCUUUCUCGCCACGUAUCUGCUCUUGCCUAAGAAGAGCAACAGAAUCCAUCAGGGGGCUGCCCUUCUACUGAAGCCUUGUUUUGUUGGCCAUUGUCAACAAGUCCAAGUUAAUAUUCAUGAGCGUGUGUUGGUGAAUGUAGCCUCAAGCACUCCCAGGGUCUGCUGCUUCCCCUUGGCCAUCUAAAAGAGAGGGGAAAUGGCUUAUCUUUCCUUCACGAUCAGUAGCUUCCCCUGCUGUAGACCCCCCUCUUUACGUCCAUGUCCUGCUAGUACCCCUAGAACACAGGCUAUUUCUCAAAGCUGUUUUAUCACCGCUGAAAGUCAUGAAAAAUCAAUGGAAAAAUUUCCCUUGAAGAUGACUAGUUUGUAGAAAACACUUCUGAUUUACUUCUGCCUUCUCCCCCCCCUUCCCUUUCCAAAUGGCAUUAUUUCUAAACAGACUCUAAUACAGUUAUCAGUGUUAGUAGGAUCCAUUGAUUAAGCUGUGAAUCAAAGCUCACUGCUGUGCUGGAUAUACAUGUUAAUGACAGUUGUGUUAAGCCAAAUUUAACAGCUGGAUUCUUCAACAUCCCUUUGUUUUGUAUCUACCUCACUAUGAUUUCUUUGAUUUCUUGUGAUUUAGUGUUGUAUACAAUGUCAGAGGUGAUAUGUAGAUAAAAAUAUAUAUAUAUAUAUAAAAAUAUAUAUUUUUUGCUUUGCAAUAAAGCUCAAAGCUAUAACACUGAAUAUUCAUAAAAUGUCAUAAUCUUUAUUGUGAUGUUCCCUUCUUAGUUGUAAAAUCCUGUCUGGAUCCUAUUUUCCUGUACACUAGAAUCGAUAUUGUGUUCAUGAGUGAAUGGAUAUUAUUUCUGUUACUUUUCCAUUUAAGUGAUAUUUUUGAAAUGUGAGAUAGACACCAGAAUUGUCAAGACAUGAAUUGGUUUAUGCAUUUUUUUCCCCAUAUAUAGCCUGCUUGUAACUGGAAUCAAAAUGUGACAUUGAAAGAAAAUGAUUUGCAGUCCUGAUCUUUCAAUUUCAGUUUGUCUGAUCUUAGUAUUGGAUUUGGCAGGGGGCAGAGAGAGAGCAAAAAAAGGAAGCUAUCAGGAUGAGCAUAGGAAGGAAUGAAGGAAAGAUAUUCAUCACUAUUUGAGCGAAGAGGGGAUUCAUUCUUUGAAAUAAUUGAAACGAAAUGUGGCAGGUACCUGAGCAUGGAGACUGCACUCACUGAGUUUAAUUCCAGACACUGAAAAGCUGAGUGCCUAAUGGCAGUCACUGGACCAGAGUCAUUAAUCCAGGUCCUUUCUAUGGGAAUGGAGAGAGACAAGAAGUUCCCUAGGGCAAUUCGCACCUAAGAUGUUUGUCUAAGGUGUGUGAGAUACAUCUCCUUCAGGAAGGUUGUAUCUCCCCAUCUCUGUGGAUGGAGCUGAGAUGAGCUCACAUUAGACACCUCAACUUUAUUGGCUAGCGUCAAGUUCAAGGACUCCUAAUUGUAAGUGUACCAAUACCAUCCAGGCAAAUGACAACUGUCUCAAUUAUGUGUCUUAGUCCAAACCGUGUGUUACCUUGUGCUCCAUCAAGGGAAGGGAUGAGGAAGGUGGGAGCUCCUGAUCUCUUGGUAAAGUGCGAGGCACUUCUGGCACAGAAAUGCUGGCUGAGUCCUGCAGUGGGGAGACAACCAUCAGGGAGAACUGUUGAGGUGUACGGGACCUCUCAUCUCUUUAUUCCCAGUAAAGCCUUUCCAAGAGCCACACAGCCUUAUCCCUCUGCUGGAAAUGUUAGGGGACAAAGCCUGCACUGAGCUUCCCCAUCAACUCCCACGCUGCUCCCAGAGGCUGGAAUUUGAAAAGAAAAGCAUCAAGGUCCAAAUGCUGGGACUCUUUGCUUGAUUAGCAAAUAUUUCCCAGGAUCUCAUGUAUUGUCUUUACUGGAAGCAGAGUGAGGGGAAUCCUCUCCAGUUUCUUUCCACCAGACUGGGGGAAAGUAACGUUUUCCCCGAAUGCUUUGUCAAAGCAAAAAGAAAAAGUAAUGACCAGAAGGAAUCAGACACAAAUGAAAUAUGACAUAUUCUUUAAAAGUAAGGAGAAAAAAGCACUACUGAACUCUGAACUUAAGUUCAGAUAUUCCACCAGGGAGAGGAAAAAAAAAAAAAAAAAAAAAAAGCAAGAAAUGAAACCCAAAUAUGAAUAAAUCUAAAUGGAUAAAAUGUUAUUGGGUUUCACCUAAAGCACAUGACAGGACUGCAAUAUACAUCAUUUAGAGUGGAUUUCACGAGACCUCUUCUGUGUUGUCUUCUAUCUAAAAUUUGCACAAUUGUUCAGUACAAACAGCAAUUUUUUUCCUCAUUCUAAUCUGGUGUCUGUACAAAUCUGGCUUGGUUUUUGGUUUGUUUUUAUCAUUUUCGUUGCCUGUUCCCAGCAAUUUCUAUUUUUAUGGUGUAGUAUUUUGUCUAUAUGGAAUGAAAUACAGAUGUGUUCAUGAAAUUGUGUAGCAGAUGGAAUUACAGGUUGGAGUUGAUCUGAAAAAAAAA